CACACCGCGUGCUACCUUCGACCGAAACCCGCGUACCGACCGCUCGCGCCAAACUUGUUCAAACUGAGUUUAUAGUUUGUUACAAACCUGUUCCCGCGAACGAAAAAAAUCAUUCAAUACGUUACAAGAUUCACUUCUAACCUCCCUAUAAGAUUGUCGUUCUAUCGUGCCUCUGAACUUGACCGUGAAAACUUGAAAGAAACUUUAAAAAGUUUUUUGACGUGCGUGUAAGCUCCGGUCAUGGUUGAACGAAGUUCUCAAUAAACUGGUCUUUGAAAAGCUCCAGUUCUUUUCAAAACAAGGGGUCACAAAUGAGCUUCAAUGUUUAGAAGAGGACGUAAAACGCGUUACAUUCGCGUUAUCCUGAGGGCGGGAGCGUGGAAGCGAGUGCCGAUGAAGCUGCUUAAGUGGGGGAGAAAAAUGCCUUCCACUAGACAAUAUGAUCUGGUUCCGAACGAUGAGUAUGAUCCGAGGAUACCGCUGCAUCCCGAUGAAGCUUUCAAUUAUGGAAUCACUUUCCAUGCCAAGUACAUUGGAACCAUGGACGUUCCGCGCCCGAGCAGCCGAGUCGAAAUUGUAGCUGCAAUGCGCCGCGUUCGAUAUGAAUUUAAGGCGAGGGGUGUGAAGAAGCGCAAAGUGACUGUAGACGUGUCAAUAGAUGGUGUACGUGUGACCACGCGUACCAAACACGCUAAGAAAAAGAAGGGUUCUUCAAAAUUCUUCAGCCGCAAAAGAAACGCUACCAACGAGUGCAUUGAGAUCAUGCACCACCCGAUCUAUCGCAUCUUCUACGUGUCUCACGACAGUUCCGAUUUGAAGAUCUUCUCUUACAUCGCCAGAGAUGGUGCAACUAACGUUUUUAAAUGCAACGUUUUUAAGAGCACCCGGAAGAGCCAAGCAAUGAGGAUCGUCCGCACCGUUGGCCAAGCAUUUGAGGUUUGCCACAAGAUGCAAACGACUCCUGAACAUCCUGCACCUUCAACCUCAUCCGCUGCGGAUGAAAUCGUGCAUGUUGAACACAACGCUGAAGUACCAGCCCCUAAAGAGCCGGUCUCAGAAUGUGGUGCCUCGGAGUCAUGUGCGGCAUCCACGUCUAAAGAGGAACCGAAAACAACUCAGAACAGACCAAAGCACCUGGACCUUCUGCCGCCACCACCGAGGAAGGAAGGGAGACGUGUGUUACAGCACACAAAUCCUGUUCCGAGCAUCAAUCUUCCAGAUUUGCCGGAAUGUGUGACCAAAGUAGAUAUGGCAAGUCUGCUGGAGGGAGAUGUGGCAACACCGCUCAGCGCGCAACAUCAAUUGCAACUGCUGCGCGAGCGGCUUGAGCAGCAAGCACAACAGACACAGGCAGCGGUCGCGCAACUGCUACUGUUGCGUGAUCAGCUUGCCGCUGAGCAAGCAGCGCGUUGCGAGGCCCAAGCUCGUACACACCAAUUGUUGGUUCACAAUAAAGAACUAUUGGAGCAUAUCGCUGCACUCGUCGCACACUUGCAAGAGAAAGAGAAGGGUAAUAGCAAUAGUCGGCCAAUCAACGCUCAGCAACUGACACUCUUGCCACAGUUGUCUUCGAGCGCAAAGAUCGACAGAUGGUUUUCACUGCUGCCAAUCGCGCCAACUCUUUCCCGACCGGAGAGUGGUUUCGUCUCCGGAGUAGAAGACUGCACAGAAACAGCGCUCGCUGAGGCAAAGAAUCUCCUGAUGCAGUUGGGAGUUAAGAAGAAACGUCGCCUGAUACCUCGCUUCACACGGAGAAAGAUCUUAGUUAAUAAACACACGUUGCUUUAACGUUUGCGAGUUGAAAUCGUUCGAAACUGCUUAACAUAAAUUUGAAUAUAACAAUAAUAAUUCAAUCAGUGUUGGUACAGAUAUAUUUACUUCUAGAUUAAAUCGGUUAUUAUUCUAAAUAAUUGAUAAUAUUAUCCGUUUUUUAUAUUAUACUGGUUAUUCAAGUUGAUGUUGAAAGCUGGACAUGAAACGUAUGUAUGGUUAAUUGCAAGCACCCACUUUAAUUAAAGGCCUAAUAUUAUAAACAAUUAGAACAUUUACAAAGGCACUUGAGCAUACGAAACGUAUAAAAAUUAAUAUAAUUUUAUUUAGACAGAAUGCGAUCUGAUAGAAACGAAAAGUCGGCAGUCAAAAUCCAUAUUUCUUACAUCAAAAUUCAUGGUUCAUCUAUUUGUACGUUACCAGAACGUGAAGUGGGUUCGAAUCCCGAAAUUAAGUGGUUUCAUAUGACGGUUUGUUAGUUGCAUUUGAUCCCUGAAUAGGGAACAGAGAACGGUUCUGAGAAUGCAGGUACACGUGUGCAUUGUAAAUUGUUCUAUAGCCUUUUCCAAUCGCAGUAAAGAUUGCAUUAAGACUUUAGAUUUACAUAUUCAAUUCGACUAGCUAUGUUUUGCACUACAAACAGUUCUUCAUUAAUAUAUAUUUAUUUAUAAAUAAAACAUUGUACCACUUAUCUAGGUAUAACCACUUUAAUUUUACUUGCAAAGUCCCUGACCGCUGCGCUGACACGGGUCCGGACUUAGAGAACUAAGGCCCUUAGGCACUUUGACACUCGAGGCCCCCAUACCAAAGCGGUUAAAGUAAAAUUAUGUUGUUUUUGGCUGGGUUCCCUUCGGCCGUCGGGCAUCUCGAUAAAUAACAUCCUGUUUACAAUUUAAUGUCAAAGUUAUUUAUUUGUCUUUACUCCUGUGAUUAGAAUAGGCUAGUUUCCGAUGGCAAUGGCCGUGAUGGCCGGAAUCCGGUCAUGCAGACCUCCAAACUGCAUCGCGUACCCUUGUAAUCAAAACGUGCGAACAAAUUCGCGAUUUACUAUAAACAAACCGAUACACGUAAAUCAAAUCAAAAUUGCGCAGUCAUAAAAUUAACUUCUAGAAUUAUUGCUUACAUAAUUUAAUACGAUCAGACACAUCUGGGUCGUUUAUAUUCAACCACAUUUCAUUAGAUAGUGACUCGCUGAUAUGAUAAAAUUUUUGCAACUGUAACUGUGAAAUUUAAUUUUCAACAAUUAUAUAAGAAUUUACACUAAAACCAUAAAUAUGUACAAAUUAAAAAUAGCUACUGCACAAAUAUUGCACACGGUCCUGUGUGGAAUGGUGGCAAGAAUGAUAGCAGCGUUUUUAUUUUAAAUAUUAAUACCAAUCCUCUGGGCGAAAUUUUUUAUUACAAACUGACACAUUCCAAGCCAUUAUAUCAGUACCAUAAAAACCUAUUUAUUAAUUGCCAGUGCCGGCAACAAUCACAUACAUUACACGUUUGUUCGCUUCAGCUUUUUCCGGUGCUCGAUAUGAGAAUUAUAUUUACAAAGUCAACGUACAAUGUUAAUAUGUAACGCUUUUUUUGACGCAAUACACAUAUUUCAAGUUCACUAAGUUGCAGGCGUUUAGUCUUUUUUAAUUGUACUUCAAAUCCAAUUAAGUAGAGCUAUUCAGUCCGAACAAACUCGAAAUUAAAUUGACAUGCGACAUUGGUUAUAAUAAUUAUAUCGUUUAAAUAGCAUACAUAUCAAAAUAGCCUAUCGCGGUAAGUCGGUUUUCAACAUUUCAUGUAUGAGAUACGAAGUGGGCUCCUACAGAUAGCAAUGUAGAGCGCAUAUGUAUUCUCUUGUGAUCCUUACAAUUCACGCGUACUUAAAAGAGAUCAAAAACCAAUACAUUGCAGUACAUAAAAUAAAAACUUCCUACUUUAUAUUAAUUCGUUAGUAAAAUUAUCAUCAUCAAUAUUAUUGAGGAUAACAGAAAAAUAAAACUUAGAUAAAGCAGCAUGUGACGUCACAUCACAUUUGGUUAGAUGAUUGAUUAUAAGACGAUAAUUCUUGGGAAAAUGGAAAGAACUAGAAGUAUAUUGUGAUACUUGUCAAACGUUUCGAUACACUAGUUAACGUACGCCUAGAGCAAUUAUAUUACAAAUACUUUUGACUAGUAUAAAUAUAAUAAUAAAAUAUUAUUUUAGCGAUUAACAUUCAUUAAGAUUACUUAAGCUAUUUUAUGUGAAAUAAUAGAACGUUCUAU